AAAUGAAUAGGUUUCUAAAGAUAAUACCUUUUCCUUGGUCGUAAAAUUCUAAGAAAGUAUAAAAAGGAAAGAUAACAUUUUCUGAGUGAGGAUUCUGUUUCCAAGUUACUUCACCAGCAGCACGCAAUGACCAUAGGCACAUACUGAGGGAGAAUAUAUGAAGUCAUUAUCGCACAUCCAAAAUGGCGGCCGCCGAGUUACGUGCUGCGGGACUAAUCAUCUUUCGUCGGAGAAAUUUUAAAGGGCCUUUUGAAUAUCUCCUACUACAGACAUCUUAUGGACGACAUCACUGGACACCUCCAAAGGGUCACGUCGACCCAGGGGAGUCGGACAUGCAGACAGCUCUUCGUGAAACUGAGGAAGAAUCCGGGUUAAAGGAAACUAGUUUGGACGUGAUGGAAAACAUAGAGAAGACUCUGAAUUACGAGGUUCGAGGAAAACCCAAGACUGUUAUUUACUGGCCUGCUGAAGUGAAAGAUUAUUAUGUUCGAAUAAAGCUUUCUGACGAACAUCAGGAUUUUAAAUGGCUGGCCAUUGAAAAAGCGUGUGAAUUGUUACAUGACACAACUGGGGAAGCUCUGCGCGAGGUGGACCAAGAAAUACGAAACAUGACGGACUUUUACACUGAUACCUACUGAAAAUGGAUAGCUUAUUUC